GAGGAGAGAGAAAGAGAGAGAGAGGGCAAAAGGGCGAAAGAGAACGAGCGAGAGAGCGAAAGAGAGAGAGAGAGAGAGCGAGAGCGAGCGCGCGCGUGUGGGCCCGGCAGGAUGCGGCGCGGGCCAAGGCUUCGCCAAGCCAAGCCAGGAGUUGGGUCGUGGCGGCGGCGGCGUUCGGUGCUGGCUUCUUCGCGCUGGUUAUUAUAGAAAAAGAUAAUUCCUGGGAUUUGGAAAGGGCUUAAUCAAACAGACUAAUAAUGAGACCCACUGCGAGUGCUGAAAUAGAAAUGAAAUAGUGUCCCCGCGCCGUUCUCUUUCAUUUCACAGAAAAUGGACCAGGAAUGACCUAUCGUGUCUUUCCAGCAACGAAAGUCCUUGUGGAAUAAAUAAGUAUAAAAAAAAGAGUCUCACAUGCGUUGUAAUUAAAGAAAAAGGUUUCACGUGGUGGUGGCUGUUGAGCGAAGAGUCAAGAAGCACACAAAGAGAAAAGAAUAUAAAUCCCAGGAAAAGAAUAGUUUCCCCCUCGCCAACCCUUCAACCGACAGAAAACGUUGACGUUCAGAACCGUUUUCUUUGACGACGGAGAUCGAGAGGAACUUUUCUUGCGUGUCCAAAUCUCCGAUUCACAAUUUUCCAAAAAAAAAGUUGCAAAAAUUCCAAAAAAAAAAGAAAAAUAUCGGCCCUCACUUCAAGGACUUAAAAAGUGAGCGUCAAAUGGUAAGUGGAGAAGCAGUGAGCGGAGAUAGAGAGCGUUGUGGGCGGGAAAUGCUACUUAUCCAAGUGCCAAUGGGCGGGAGAGGCCGUCGGGUGGCCUUCCACAAUCCACAGGCCGGCGAGGGGCGCGGAGGGCAGCACCACCAUCAGCACCAGCAGCAUCACCAGCAAGCGGACCCUGCGGCGAUGAAGAAGGAGAGGAGCUUCGUCAGGCACUCUCACCACCAGCAGUACCAGCACUCCAACGCCAACAACAACAACAACAACAAUAACAACAACAACAGCCACCACCACCACCACCAGAAU